AUGCGGCCACAAGGGGAGCGUCGAGGCCUGCCCGCCCCAGCACUGGCUGUGUCCAGCGGCACCCUCCUGGGCGGCAGCACAUGGGGCAUGUGGAGCGCGCUGUCCGCCAUCGGCGCUGCGUCGCUGUGGGCGGAGGGCACUCCCUGGGGCGCGACCCUGACCGCCCCCCUCAUGGCCACGCUGGCAGGACUGCUGUGCAGCGCGACGCGCGUGCUGCCCUCCCACUCCCCCGCCGUGUACGGCACGGUGAACGGCUACCUCCUACCCCUGGCCAUCCCGCUGCUCCUGUUUGGCGCAGACCUGCGCUGCAUCCUGCGCGACACCGGCCGCCUGCUGGUCGUGUUCCUGGGCGGGUCGGUGGCCACCAUCGCCGGCGGCCUGCUGGCCUACGCGCUGUGCCCGCUGCGCGCCCUGGGACGCGACGGCCCGCUGGCCGCCGCCGCGCUGACCGCGCGCCACAUCGGCGGCAGCGUCAACUACGUGGCCGUGGCGGAGAUGGUGGGCAUGGCCCCUGCCACGCGCGCCGCGGCGCUGGCCGCCGACGACCUGGUGGUCACGCUCUACUUCCUGGCCAUCUACGCACUGGCGCGGCGCGCGCCGCCGGAGCCGGCGGCGCGCAACGCCGCCGGCGACGCGCUGCCCUCCCCCCGCGCCGCCGAGCGCGCGGCGCACCCCGUGACGCUCAAGGGCGCGGCCACUGCGCUGGCCGCGGCGUGCGCGCUGUGCUACGCCGGCAGCGCGGCGGCCGCGGCGGCGGGCCGACAUGGCGCCGCCAUCCCGGCCAUCACGCUGCUAUCGGUGGCGGCGGCCACCGCCGCGCCGCGCGCGCUGCGCGCGCUGGUGCACCCGGGGGAGGUCCUGGCCGGCCUACUCAUGCAGAUCUUCUUCGCCGCUGUCGGCGCCAGCGGCGACGUGGCGGCUGUGGCGGCCGCCGGCCCGGCCCUGCUCGCCUGGUCCGCUGUUAGCGUCGCCGCGCACAUGGCGGGGGUCCUGCUGCUGGAGCGCACCGCGGGGUUUAGCCGCAAGGAGACGGUGCUGGCUAGCAACGCCAAUGUGGGCGGGCCCACCACUGCUGCCGCCAUGGCCGCGGCCAAGGGCUGGCCCUCCGCAGUGCUGCCGGCGCUGCUGGUGGGCAUCUUCGGCUAUGCCAUCGCCACCUUCAUCGGUCUGGGCAUGGUGGUGGUGUACGCCCGCAUGUGA